AUGGUACUAUUUUGGACGGUUGUGUUUCUCGGUCUACUCACAGACCAAUCCCUCUCACAGGUUUACGUCGUGGAUGACUCCGGAGGGUGCGGUCGGAAAUUUGAUGGGAUCGGGGCUAUCAGCGGUGGAGGGGCAACGUCCAAACUACUGGUGAACUAUCCAGAGCAACAAAGAAACGAAGUACUGGAUUUUCUGUUUAAGCCAAAUUACGGGGCCUCCUUACACAUCCUAAAGGUGGAAAUAGGCGGAGACGGACAAAGUACAGAUGGCGGAGAAGCGUCUCACAUGCACGAGAGUUGGGAAGAGAAUUACCAGAGAGGCUAUGAAUGGUGGCUAAUGACAGAGGCAAAGAAGAGGAACCCUGACAUCCUGCUUUACGGAUUACCCUGGUCAUUUCCUUACUGGAUUGGUAACGGUACCUUUAACGCCUACGCCAAUCCAGAAGUCACCGCGGACUAUGUUUACCGGUGGAUUAAUGGCGCCAAGGUCCACUACAACCUGACCAUAGACAUUAUCGGGAUUUGGAACGAACGGAAUUUCAGCACAACAUACAUCAAGGCUCUGAGAAACACUCUGGACGAACGAGGGAUGCAACACGUAAGAAUCUGUGCCGCGGACGAUCUCAGCUGGCAGUUCGCAGAUGCCAUGUUAGCAGACCCUGAUCUGGCCAAUGCCGUGGACUUUGUUGGCUCUCAUUAUCCUAACACAAUCUCCUCACCCGAAGCCCUAUCUACGGGAAAGCCUCUGUGGGCCUCAGAAGACCACGGUGGUUAUAAUGACAUCAGGGGCGGGGCAUGCCGAGGCUGGCUUCUCAAUCAGAAUUACGUCAAUGGAUUAAUGACCUCAACAAUAUCCUGGAAUCUACUGGCGUCAUUUUACCUCGGGUUGCCAUAUUUUCGAACCGGUAUAAUGACAGCUGUGGAGCCUUGGAGUGGAAAUUACGCAGUGGAGCCGCCGAUAUGGUCAACUGCUCAUACUACUCAGUUCACAAAGCCCGGAUGGACGUAUAUGGCACAUGGUUACGGGGUGGGCAACCUCACGUACGGCGGAAGUUACGUCAGUCUGACUGACCGGAACACGGGGGAGCUGACCAUCAUUAUAGAAACUGUCAUUUGUUCAGGCCCUCAAAUGUCUUCUGCUAACGUGAACACCCUGAAUGUGUGGUACAGCAAGUUUGGAUCUGACGACGAAAGUAGUACGUUAUUUGUUCAGAAAUCGCCGUUACAGGUAGUUGACGGUAUAGUGAAGAUAUCUCUAGUAGAUGAAAUGUACACUCUGACAACUCUGACUACCGCACAGAAGGGCACCGCCCCCGAGCCUCCACCCUCUCAACCAUUCCCCCUGCCCUAUAAAGACGACUUCGAGGAUUAUUCCCCCUCGGUGGAGCCUUACAACCUGGCACAGCAAGUAGGUGUAUGGGAGGUGACUAAAGUGGACUCAUCCCAGGGUCAGGUAGCAAGGCAGGUGGUGUUACAACCACCUGUCUACUGGUGCUGGGGCAGGGGGACCCCAGCUAACACAACCAUCAAUGUCAUUGGCAGCUACAAUUGGACAGAUAUUUAUGUCCAGGUGGAUGUCAGGGUGGGAAGUGUCAACGGCACUAACGGGGUACACGUGGGAGCCCGAAUCGACCGUGGAGGUUGUCUAUCAGCAAACGCGUUGGGGAUCUUCUUCUUCGUAUAUCCUAAGACCCGGACAAUUCAGUUAACAAAUGACCUUGCUCGACAGAAGGUUUUGAAACAAGGCUCAGUACAGAUUACAGAUGAUUGGAUGACACUGGGAUUGCUAGUCAAGGGAAACAUGGCUUACGCAUUCUUCAAUGGCCACUCUGUCAUCAACUCCACCAUUCCUAGUUCUCCAGCAAAUGGGUUUGCUGGCCUCGGUACCGAUCCUUAUGGACUGGCAGACUUUGAUAACCUGGAGCUCCGGACUGCUGAGGAUGCCUGGGAUAAGAUGCAGAAGCAAUCUGGGCGAUCCGAUACACUUUUCUUUUCACCACGUCCACAUCUGUAAAUAUAUUUUCACAAUAAAUGUCACA